AAUUAACAAAAAAAAAGGGAAAAAACGGAUUCUUGUGAUAUUGAGCGUCGUCUUCUCUUCCUUAGCCAAAGCCAGAUCUGCUUCUUUUUCGCUGCGUCGUCGAGAGGUCUCUCUUUGAGGAAGCUAAUUCCUUCUUCUUCUUCACCAUCCGUUUCAAGAAUAACAAUGGAAGGAAGCGGUGGUGACAGUGGUUCGAUGGCUACGCCUGUACAAAAGAAAGUACAUGAGGCAUGGAGGGUUUACCAAUAUUAUCUGGACAAGACUACACCUCAUUCAACUAACAGGUGGAUCGGAACACUUGUUUUCUUUCUUAUCUACUGUUUGAGGGUUUACUCUAUUCACGGAUUCUACAUCAUCUCCUAUGGUCUUGGAAUCUACCUCCUGAAUCUGCUUAUCGGGUUUUUGUCUCCUCUUGUUGAUCCUGAGCUCGAGGUAUCUGAUGGAGCUACUCUGCCUACUCGAGGUUCUGAUGAGUUCAAGCCAUUUAUCCGCCGUCUCCCGGAGUUUAAAUUCUGGUACUCCAUGACUAAGGCAUUCUGCAUAGCCUUUCUUAUGACAUUCUUCUCGGUGUUUGAUGUUCCCGUCUUCUGGCCCAUACUGCUUUGCUACUGGGUCGUUCUCUUUGUCCUCACCAUGAGACGCCAAAUAGCCCACAUGAUCAAGCACAAGUACAUUCCUUUCAGCAUCGGAAAACAGAAAUAUAGCGGCCGGAAAUCUUCUGCGAACAGCGGCGGCGGCUCUCGUGCUGAUUGAUUUCAACUUGCAGCCACAUUUUCUGCAGAAAAAGAAUGAAAAAAAGUUGGGUUUUCACGUUGGAACGUUUUGUAGUGAUGAAUUACUAGUAUUGUUAUGCUUCUACAAUGAAGAAGAAGGAAACAGAAAAGGGUCAUUAGUUUUUAUGUUGCAGGAAUAUUGUUCUUUGUUAGUUCCCUUUAAUCCAAGUACCUCUGCUGUAAAUAUAAUUCAAUUUUAUUUCGAAACAAAUUCAUUCAUUUUGUUUUCCUUUUAAAACAUGUCAUUUGUCUCAUUCUAGUUGAUAGUUUCGUUUUAACUACAAUGAGCUAAUAGAUUCAACGAGUUCAAUAAAUUCUUCUGUUUAUUGAACAAUAAUUAUCCUAC